AUGGCGACCUGCUUUCGGCUGCAGAGCUGCGGGGCCCAGCGCCUUUCGCAGGUGGCUUCCGUCCGCGGUCCCUGUCCCCGCGCCGGCCGUCUGGGGCUCUCUGUGCAGCCCAGGCCGGGCCCGGCCCCGCUCCGCGGCUAUGGCCGGGGCCCGGCGGGCCUCCCCGCGGCGGUGCUGCGCACCGACGGCUUCGUGGGCGGCCGCUGGCUUCAGGCCCCCGCCACCUUCCCCGUGCACGACCCGGCCAGCGGCGCUUCACUGGGCGAAGUGGCCGACUGCGGGGCGCCCGAAGCCCGCGCCGCUGUGCGCGCCGCCUACGAGGCUUUCUGCAGCUGGAGGGGAGUCUCGGCCAAGGAAAGGAGUUCAUUACUUCGGAAAUGGUAUGACUUAAUGAUAAAAAAUAAGGAUGACCUUGCCAAGAUAAUCACAGCCGAAAAUGGAAAGCCGCUGAAGGAGGCCCAGGGAGAAAUUCUCUAUUCCGCCCUUUUCCUAGAGUGGUUUUCGGAGGAAGCCCGCCGCAUAUAUGGAGACAUCAUCUAUACCCCAGCAAAAGAUAAGAGGAGCCUGGUCCUCAAGCAGCCUGUGGGCGUGGCUGCCGUCAUCACUCCAUGGAAUUUUCCCAGUGCCAUGAUUACCCGGAAGGUGGGGGCUGCCCUGGCAGCUGGCUGCACUGUAGUGGUGAAACCUGCUGAAGACACACCCCUCUCUGCCCUGGCCCUGGCUGAGCUUGCCCAGCAGGCCAGAAUUCCUCCAGGCGUCUACAAUGUUGUUCCCUGUUCGCGAAAAAAGGCCAAGGAAGUGGGAGAAGCUCUUUGUACUGAUCCGCUGGUAUCCAAAAUUUCCUUUACUGGCUCAACAGCUACUGGAAAGAUACUGUUGCACUAUGCUGCAGACUCUGUGAAAAGAGUCUCCAUGGAGCUUGGCGGCCAUGCGCCGUUCAUUGUAUUUGACAGUGCCAACGUGGACCGGGCCGUAGCAGGUGCCAUGGCAUCUAAAUUUAGGAACUCUGGACAGACCUGCGUUUGCUCAAACCGUUUCUUGGUGCAAAGGGGUAUCCAUGAUUCUUUCGUGAAAAAAUUUGCUGAAGCAAUUAAAAGAGACCUGCGUGUAGGCAAUGGAUUUGAGGAGGGAACUACUCAAGGCCCGUUAAUUAAUGAAAAAGCUGUAGAAAAGGUAGAGAAACACGUGAGUGACGCAGUUUCCAAAGGGGCCACCAUUGAGACAGGCGGCAGGCGACAUCAAUUUGGAAAAAAUUUCUUUGAGCCCACCCUGCUCAGCAACGUCACCCGGGACAUGCUUUGCUCUCAUGAGGAGACUUUUGGGCCUCUGGCACCCGUUAUCAAGUUCGACACAGAGGAGGAGGCUGUAGCAAUUGCUAACGCAGCUGAUGUUGGGUUAGCAGGUUAUUUUUACUCGCAAGACCCAGCCCAGAUCUGGCGAGUGGCAGAGCAGCUGGAAGUUGGCAUGGUUGGAGUUAACGAAGGAUUGAUUUCUACCGUGGAGUGCCCUUUUGGGGGGGUGAAGCAAUCUGGCCUUGGACGAGAAGGGUCAAAGUAUGGCAUUGAUGAGUAUUUAGAACUCAAAUAUGUGUGCUAUGGAGGCUUAUAGGAUCCUUCCAUUCUCUAAAGUAUACCAGUAAAAAAGGAAACUUACCUACGUAAGUGGGGACAUGCCAUCCAUUAUUUUAAAUAAACCGACAGGGUCUUCCUAGGUUAGCUGAUUGUAUGGAUGUUUUACAUUCAUCCGGUCCUCGUAAUCUCAAACAGAUGCACAUCACCCAACUAGGGACCAAUAUGUACUAUGUGGUAGUGGCCACAGACUCCAGGAGAGCCAGCAUUGAGUUUAUAGAGUGAAGUCCUGGGUCCGCCCAUAGCCCCUUCUUGCUCUAGAGCAGGGCUCAGCAUGAGGCAGGCAGCCCCUUCAGCCCUGUCACAAAGGCUUGGUUACUGACUUUGCGAUGACACAACCACCUCUCGUGGUUCUGGAGCAUGGACCCAGAGGGCAGUGUGGCAGAGCCUGAGUAUGACCAGUGGCCUGGUCAGGGGGCACAAUAUCCCCUUCUUUCCCUGGCAGUCAGCCAGCUCAGCCCUAAAGACUCAUUGUGUGUCCUGGGUUGUAACACUGAAGGUUGAAUUAAUCGAUUUUUUUUUUUUGCUGGAUGAAAUUUUUUUUUUUUUUUGUGGUAGAAGCAUAUGUAGCAAAACGUGCCAUUUCAACAUUUUUUUUACAUGUACGAUUCAGUGACAUUAAUUAUAUUCACCCUGUUGUGGAACCACCACCACUAUCUGUUGCCACAUUUUUCCGUUGCUUGAAUUAGCUGGUUUUUAAAGACUUCUGACAUCGCACAGAAUGGCCUGUGCUUCUCUGAAGAAUGGAGGAGCACCUCUUCCUGGACCGCUUUGUCAAUUGAUGCUUUAUCGUCCUGAAUUUACUGCUUAAAGAUUUUCAUUUCUGUUCUGUUGCAUUUCGUUUCCUUGAGGAAAUGAGCCGAAGUGUUAGGGGGAAAGAAUAGCAGAGGCAGCCUGUUAGGAUGGAAGGGCCAUAGUUGCUAGGCCUGGGUCCUUUAUUGAGCAGCUCUGUUACCUUGGACAUACCCUUCAACAUGCCUCCUGGCCGUGCUGUGAGCCUAAGAGAAAGUGAAAUUGCUUUAUAAAAAAAUGAAAAUGCAGUGUAAGUUAUCAUUAGGAGCACCCCAGCCCCCUUGUGCAUCGAGCAGUGGCAGUGACUUGGCCCAGGUGAGACCACCUGGCCACCCACCUGAGCCUGACUAAGUGGUUGUUGCGUGCAGCCUGUACUUUCUGUCCUCACACAGGGCUGCUCCUUCACCUCCAAAAAAGCAAAAGCACCACGGUAAUGUCAAGAGGGGGAAGAAUUUCCAUAAUGGCCUGUUCCUCUGCAGCAUGAACUUCAGGUACCUUUUACUUAAGAAGGAAAUGCUGGUGGCAUAGUGGUUAAGAGCUAUGGCUGCUAACCAAAGGGUCAGCAGUAUGAAUCCACCAGGUGCUCCUUGGAAACUCUAUGGGGCAGUUCUAUUCUGACCUAUAGGGUUGCUAUAAGUCAGAAUCGACUCAAUGGCAAUGGGUUUGGUUUUUUUGUUUUUUGUUUUUACCUAAGAAAGGAGCCCUGGUGGUGCUGUAGUGGUUAAAACCCUCAGCUGCUAACCAAAAAGUCUGCAGUUCGAACCCACCAGCCAGCCACUCUGCGGGAGAAAGAUGUGACGGUCUGCUUCCAUAAAGAUUUACAGCCUCGGAAACCCAGUGGGGCAGCUCUAUUCAGUCCUAUAGGGUCGCUAUGAGUCAGUGGGUUUGGUUUGGUUUUUACCUAAGAAGAGUUUUACAGUUAUCGCAGAAAGCCCCCAUGGCCUAUGCUGCUUCUCACCCUGAAAGAACUCUGAGUAAGAAAAUUGUGGACUUUCUGGGCACAUCUAGUGGCUGCUCUCCCAUCCGUCCUGACAUACUGAGGAAUAGGAAUGAAAGCCGUCUUUGGCUGGAACUGCAAAGAUGAAGCUCCUUCCCUUCCAUGCUGUCUGCAUGCAGGACCCACUGACAUUCAGUGGACUUUCUGGGGGGUGGGUGGACAAGGAAAACAUGAAAGAAAGUAGCGCUAGAUGCUGUUACUCUGGAAUCCCACCCAAUACUUAGCUGUGGUUGAAUAACUGAAGGGUCUGGAAAGUCCUUGUACACCUAGGAAUGGCUGCCAAUCCUGGAGCUGCUUCCCAUUUGACCUGGGUCACACUAGCCAUAUCCCAAGGCCCGAAGGAAAAGAAGGGAGCUGAAAUCAGCUUCUUAGUAACACUGCCCAAAAGUCCCUGGGUAGCACAAAUGGUUUGCAUUUGACUACUAACUGAAAGGUUGGCGGUUCAAACCCACCCACCAGCACUGUGAAACAAAGGACUAGCAAUCUGCUUCCAUAGAGAUUACAGCCAAGAAAACCCUGUGGAGCGGUUCUACUCUGUAACACAUGGGGUCGCUAUGAGUCAGAAUUGACUUGAUGGCAAUGGGAAACACUGCCCAAGCCCUGUCAAGAAUCAAAUACUCCGCAUGGUGACAGUUUCUAGUCUUUAUUUUGUAUAGUUUUUAGAGGUUUCAGGUUUUAUAUAACAUUCUAAUUACUAAUUACUCUGAGACUAAGGUGUGUUCAUUUUUUUUUUCCAUUAAGCAUAAAAAGGCUCUAACAUUGUUUUUAGAAGUCUGGAUACUGAUGGUGAAAUAUUUGAAGGAAUACUUUCAAAUAAACUUUUAACUUUGUAAGCCAGUGGAUUCUUUGAAAGGGUGGCAAAGUAUGAGUUUUCUUGUGUAUUUGGCUCACUGGGAACAUAAAUUGAGGGCCAGUGACUCAUUGUAAUAUUCUUAAUUAAUUUUGUCAUUAAAAUGAACAUUUUUUUCUUAUUUUUCAGUAUGUGUUUAUCGGCAUAUGUGUUUAUCGGCAGUUCAGAUCCACCAGGCGCUCCUUGGAAACCCUAUGGGGCAGUUCUACUCUGUCCUGUAGGGUCGCUAUGAGUCGGAAUCGACUCGACGGCACUAGGUCUGGGUUGGGAACCAUAUGUGAUGGAUAGGAUUUUUUUUUUUUUUAAUACGCUUUACACCAUGAAAUAGGAAAGGACCAAUAGAUCAAGGGUCGGCAAACUGGCCCACAGGCCAAAACUGGACGGCCACCUGUUUUUGUACAAUCCACAAACUAGGAAUGGUUUCUGUAUUUUCAAACGAUUAGAGAAAAAAAUCAAAAGAGUAAUAUUUCAUGACACAUGAAAAUGAUAUGAAACUUAGAUUUCAGUGUCUAUACAUAGUUUUAUUGGAACACAGCCAUGCCCAUUCAUUUAUGAUAUAUUGCUAUGGCUGUUUUCACGGCAGAGUUGAGUGGUUGCGGCAGAGACAAUCUGGCCUGCAAAACCUGAAACAGUCGCUAUUUAGCUUGUUACAGAAAAAAUGCACUGACCCCUGAUCUAAACCAAGAGGGAGAUAUUGAUCCUCCCACGUUUUUCACUGGCUGGGUAAAAGUACUUUUCUGGACAUUGCUACAGUGAGUUCUCAGCAAGAACUUCCCAGCAGUUAUCUCAUAACCCAAGUGGAAUUAGGCAGAUUGUGACAAGAGUCCACUGGCCUUGAAAGAGACUAUUUCAUACACUUCCUCCAUCUAUGCAGGGAUUCUCUCCUUCACAGAGCUGAUGAGGAUCUGAGAUCUCUCAUCAAUUUUGAGUGGCUUUUAAAUAUGAUUUUGUGUGAAGUGCUUUUUUCCUUUUUCCCUGUCUACCUUUAUUCUUAUGUGAUGGCUCAGUGAAAAUAAAGACCAGAAGCACAAUGUAGACAAAUCUAUUUUAUUGUUAGCGGACACUACUAACUUUAAAUUGUGCCAUGCGACAGCCUUCUCAGAAAGCUGGAUACCAGUGUUUCAAUGACUCAUGCAGAUAUUUUUAGACAGUAUUUUAAUUCAAUAAUAUUUAUGCUAUAAUUUUUUUUAUGCUGUAGUUUGUGGGAUAAAACUUGGGAAAAAGCAUAAUGAAAAAUGGAUAAUAAGCAUUUUGCUUUUCAAACGUGUGCAUAACUCAUUUUUCCAGCUUUUAAUAAUUGUGUGUCUGUAUCUGUGUCUUGUCAGCUGACAGAGUUGUGUGUGUAUGUAAUGAAUAAAUGUUGAAUUAACUUGACAGAAUAUCCUAUUUCUGCAUCAAGGUUUCUGGUUGUAGCUUUUUUUCUUGUCAGUUCACCAUUUGAGUUUUUAUUGGAUGUUAUUAGAACAGUUCAGACGUGUAUAAAUUGUACUCCCUCCCCAGAGAGUGUCUCGGGGCAGGGACCUUGCGUGUGAAAUUUUGUACCCCAGCAUGCAGAGGGGGGUCUGCCCUGUGGUUGGAACUUGUGUCACUUUCCUACAGGUGCUGUAAGAAUGUAGCACAAAGUGAGUGGCUUAAACCAACAGGAAUUUAUUGUCUCCCAGUUCUGGAGGCCAGAAGUCCAGUCUCAGGGCGUCAGUAGGGCUGUCUUAGUUAUCUAGAGCUGCUAUAACAGAAAUACUGCAAGCGGAUGGCUUUAGCCAUCAGAAAUUUAUUUUCUCUCAGUCUAGGAGGUGAGAAGUCCAAAUUCAGGAUGCCUACUCCAGGGGAAGGCUUUCUCUGUGUGUCAGCUCUGGGAGAAGGUCCUUAUUAUCAGUCUUCCCCUGGCCUAGGAGCUUCGGGUCCAAAUGGUGCACUCCACUCUACUUGCUUGGUGAUAAUGAGGUCCCUCUCCUCCCUUCUGUCUUUUAUAUCUCAAAAGAGACUGACUCAAAAUACAAUGUAAUCCUAUCGAUUGUGUCCUGCUUAUUAACGCAACUGCCUUUAAUGCUGUCUCAUGAACAUCACAGAGGUUAGGAUUUACAACACAUAGGAAAAUCACAUCAGGUCCCAAAAUGAUGGACAACCACACAAUCCUGGAAAUCGUGGCCUAGCCAAGUUGGUACACAUUCUGAGGGACACAAGUCAGUCUGUAACUUCAGCCUGGGAAAACUUUAAAGGAAGAGUUUUAUGCUAAAUCUGAGGCUGUGGCUCAGUUAUCUCAGAAGCCGUUUCUUUAAAUUCCCUUAAUAAUGGAAAAUCAUCAUUGUUGGAAUUAAAAAGACUUGGUUCAUUUACCUCAGAAAGCACAGUUUUGGUCUCUCAGUAAACCAAUCCAGGCUCUUAAAGGGUUGAGGAUGAUCUAGGAAGCCAUUAGUUUACAACAGCUUCACUCCCAUUACCAGCAUCUUUACCUCAGCAAGUGUUUGCCUCAUCAAAGUUGUUAGCGGAUUGGGUUAAAUAGCUUGGAAAGGAGGAAACUUGUUCCUUGAGGAAGAAACAUCUCCAAAAAUGGAUACAUACUGUGUUAUGGAGUGAAUUGUGUCCCCCCAAAAUAUCUGUCAACUUGGCUAGGUCAUGAUUCCUUUGUAUGAUUGUCUGCCAUUUUAUCUUAUGAUGGGAUUUCCCUAUGUGUUGUAAAUCUUAAUAUUACAAUAAGAUGGAUUAGCGGCAGUUACAUUGAUGAGGUCUACAAGAUUAGGGAGUGUCUUAAGCCAAUCUCUCUUGAGAUAUAAAAGAGAGAAGCAAGCAGACAGAUGUGGGGACCUCAUACCACUAAGAAAGCAGCAUAAGGAGCAGAGCACGUCCUUUGGACCUGAGGUUCCCGCACUGAGAUGCUCCCAGACCAAGGGAAGACUGAUGAGAAAGACAUUCCUCCAGAGCCGACAGAGAGAGAAAGCCUUCCCCUGGAGCUGAUGCUCUGAAUUUGGACUUGUAGCCUACUAGACAGAGAAUAAAUUUCUCUUUGUUAAAGCCAUUCACUUGCGGUAUUUGUUAUAGUACCACUAGAUGACCAAGACAAGACAUACUGUAUGAUUCAGUUUAUAUAAAACUCUAGAAAUUUCAAGCCAAUCUAGAAUGACAGCAGAUCAGUGAUUGCCUGGGACACUCAUACAAAAGGGCACAAGGAAACUUGGGGGUGAUACAUUUGUUCAUUAUCUUGAUUGUCAUGAUGGCUCCACGAGCAUACGCAUAGGUCAAAACUUAUCAAAUUGCAACGUUUAACUAUAUGCAGUUUGUUGUAUGUCAAUUAUACCUCAAUAUGCUGGUGGUUUUUUUUUUUUUUUUUAAGGCAACAAAGCCUCAGUUCCAAACCUUUCAGUCCAGUCCAGUAGCCCUUCCCAGUAAACCUCUGUUAGCUCCGUAACAUGGCUCUGAGGUUUUAAGAGAUCAAUAAAUAACACCCAAGACAGAAAAUGAUACUGGCACGGAGUGGGCUUCUUGGAUCAAGUAGACACGUGAGACUAUCUGGGCAGCUUCUGUCUGGAGGGGAGAUGUGAAGGCCGAGCAGGACAGAAGCUGGCUGAAUAGACACAGAAACACAGGGUGGAGGGAGGGAAUGUGCUGUCUCAUUAGGGGGAGAGCAACUAGGAGUAUAUAGCAAGGUGUAUACGUUUUGUAUGAGCGACUGACUUGAUGUGUAAAUUUUCACUUAAAGGACAAUAAAAAAAAAAAAAAAACACUCAACUCUUCCAGAGUUUGGAGCUGAGAAAUUGAUGCAGGAGUCAGACAGAUGGAAUGCAAAAGGUCAGCUUUAUUACUGAUUAGAAGUUAAUCAGGGGAUGUGGCUUACUUAGAUACACACUCCCCUGACUCUAAUUUUCCUCCUGAAACUGUAAGCCUUUCCCAGUAGGGGGCAGACUCUGCCCAUUCCUGGCAGGGAGGGAGCGGAAUUUGCCUUCUUUGCAGCCUUGGUGACCCAGCGCCUAAGCGUUUGGCUGCUAACUGAAAGGUCAGUGGUUCGAAUAUACCAGUCGCUCUUCAGGAGAAAGAUGUGGCAGUCUGCUUCCCUAAAGAUUUACAGCCUUGGAAACCCUAUGGGGCAGUCCUAUUCUGUCCUGUAGGGUCUCUAUGAGUCGGAAUCAACUCCAAGGCAACCGGUUUGUUUUUUGUUGGCAGCCAGAUUUAAACCCAGGAGCAGGAAGGCUGAGCUGAGCAAGGUAAGUUGCUCCCAAGCUCACCAAUCAGGCAGCAUCUUCCAUUCAUAGGGAGAAGGGAGUAAGGGGUGGGCGGAGUGGCCAGGGGUGCUACUCCAGGCUUCCAGAAAUUUCUGUAAAGGGCCAGAUAGGAAAUAUUUUAGGCUUUGUGGACAGUCUCAGUGGAAUCUAUUCAUCUCUGCUAUUGUAGGGCAAAAGCAAUUAUAGACAAUGUGUGUAUAAAAGAUCGAGCAGGGCUGUAAUUCCAAUAAAACUUUUAUUUAUGGGCACUUAAAUCUGAAUUUUAUGUAAGUUUUACAGGUCACAAAAUAGUCUUGAAUUUUUUCAACCAUAUGAAAAUGUAAAAAUCAUUCUUAGCUCGUGGAUGUUACAAAAACAGGCUGCCAGCCAGUUUGCUGAACCCUACUCAAGGAGGGAAGUGCAUAAAGGAAAAAGUACCCACCUCAUUACAGAAAAAACAGACACCUUAAUUUCGAUUAGCAUAUAUAUUUAAUACUGUUAUAUUAGGAAUGAUCCCGUCAACACAUGGAAAUAAUACAUUAAAAAAAAAUAAAACCAAGAUUUAAACCAAAGUCCACAAUAGCUUGGUCACACACACAAAAAGAAUGGUACUUCCCCUCCUCCCUGCCCACAAAACUGGCAUAGUUAACUUGUUAAGUGUUAAGUGUGCUGAAUAGGUUACUCUGAUUUUAAGGUUUUUCUUACCCACAAAAUGAAUCAUGAACCAUAAAAGCCUGACCCAAACUGCAAACGCCUGCCAGAAACUGCUCUACCAGUACCCAUUGCCACCAGCGGCUGGUGGAGUCGAACUGUUGACUUUUUGGUUAGCAGCCAAGCUCUUAACCACUGUGCCACCAGGGCUCCGAAACUCUACAGCAAUGUAAAUUGCCAGAAGUAACUUGUUAUCAAUUGACCUGAGUAAAGGGGGGAAGGCAGGGUUCAGUCAGUCACAUUAAGAUUAGCCAGUGGUUGAUUUCUAUUCUUCUCUCUCCUCGUUAUAAGCCUCAUUGUACCUAGUUUCUUCUAGCCAUUUGCUUUAUCUGGAAUCAAAAUGGUCUCCCUAUAUGCAUACAGAAUAACUGCUCAGAAUAAACCUUAUGUUCAAAUUUCAGUGUGUUUUGACAAGUGGUAAUUCUCUUACCUCAUUGCAUAUUUUUCUUCAGUUUCUUUAGUCGUAACUAUGCUUAACCUCAAUACUAUGGGAUCUAAACCAGUAACUGGGUCCCUACAAACACCCUCUCCCACAAUUUAGGGCCCAACUUUUCUCCUUCUACCCAAAGCUCUUAAAAAACCCAAACGCAUUGCCAACAAGUCAAUUCCAACUCAUAGGCUGUAAUCUUUACUGGAGCAAACUGCCACAUCUUUCUCCUCAGGGGCCAUGGUGCGUUUGAACUGCUGUGCUGACCUUUCGGUUAGCACCUGAGCACUUAACCACUGUGCCACCAGGGCUCCUUCCCAAAGCUCUUAGAACCCUUUAUCUUCCAAAGACCCUUAGUGAUAAGAGGCACAAGACAAAGAAUUCUGCCUGAGUCAUUCCUCCUCAUUAUCUGGCCCUCUCAAGAGGACAGGGCCCAUUUUCUGAUCACUAAUAUGAUGUUUACUUUUAAUUCACCAUAGAUUCAAGAGCCUUCUGUGGUGAGAGGGCAGGUAGGCCAGGCUGACAUGACCAGGGGCAGAGGAGGUGGAGAGGUAGAAGCUGCCCAUUGCAAAGCCACAGGGAGGGGCAGCACAGGAGAGACUAGGGAUGCUGUCUUCUGCUCUCUUAACACCCAAAAGGAAUUCCUCUUAGUGCUAGAAACACAACUUCUAGGUGGUCUGAAAGUUCCACCAGAAUUUACCCUCCAACAGUCAGAGCGGGGAGUUCUUUGUAUAGUAGUAGGGGAAAAAAUAUAGACUUUGCAGUUAAAGAAAUUUGCAUCCAAUUCCCAGACCCACCACUUACUGGCUGAGACCUUGGGCAAGUUACUUCACCUCUCUGGACCUUCAGAUUGUUAUCUGCAACCUGAGAAUACUGUCGUAACAUCUACUUUUCAAGGUCAAUUGUAGGGAUCGAUGGAGUAUGUAAAAUGUGUAUAUUAUAUAUAAUACAAGCACUUAACAAAUAUUCACUCCCUUCUUCAUCAUUAUAUUCCACUGAGUUCACAUUUGGGGUACUGCCCUCUAUGCCAGAAAUUUCCUGUUGUGCACAAAAAUAACACUUAUAAUCUGGUCACUGGCUAAGGCAGAUUUUAAAUUCAUGAAUCUACAUACAAAAAAGCAUCACAUUUUCCUUUAAACACAAUAGAAAGUAUCGAACACUAACUGGCUAGCUCUCCAGGAAGCAUAGGCAUAAGUCGAGAAAGUAAAAAAAUAAAAUUAUAUUCCUGUACUUAUAAUUUCUGCCAUUUGCUGGUAAAAUACAAUAAUUAAAUACAAGAUGGAACCAUGAGGACAAAUAUUAAAGAAGAUGACAAAAGCACAUGACAGCCUAAUUUUUUCCGACGGCCCCGGAGAAAUAUUUUCUCUGUCCCUCCUGCCCUGAUGGUUUACGUGUCUUACGUUCUCCUCUUAAUCAGCAGAGCAAUCCUAGUUUGCCCCAUGGGUUACAGAAGAGUUGUUCAACCAGAGACCCUUGAUACCACAGCACUGGUUUUAUCUGUGGUUGGCCGCACCUCUCAUUCUAGUCUUCCCACAAAGAAUGCCAAGUGCACCACCUAGGCCACUUUAUGGGCUGAUGGGGACCAACAACGAACCAUUUAACAAUAACAUAGAUUUACUCUGGCAAUGCUUUGUGGUUGGUGAUGGUUCAAUUUUUUUUUCAUAUGUUUAAAAGAGGAUUUAUUUAGUAAACAAUUAUUUGAGAAGAAAAACAUGAAUAAAUAAAUAUCUAUUGUUAAACAUAUGGGGUGUAUAUGGCCAGUUAUUAUGGAAGGUACCUGUAGGGGCCGGAAGUUAUCAUUAGCAUACCAUCCUAAUUAAGAGUGAUCGUAUUUCAGACUUACAGAACACAGAAAAGUUGCUGAAUCCAUAUUCAUAUCUCUGGCAGUUCAAAUGCAUAUCCUGUAGUACAGACUGAAUAAAUAACACGUCUUGUGUUCAAUGUAAACUGAGCCAAGAGAAGCUUUAGUGUACUUUAUUGUUUUUCUUGGAGAAAGAAAAGAUAAAGAAUGAUAAAAUGCUACAUUCAACUUUCAGCCUACAAAUCAUUAAACCCCACCUCACUUUCUAUUGGAGUCCCAAGGUAGGGCAAACAGUUCACCUGCUAGACUGCUAACCGAAAGGCUGGAAGGUCUAGUCCACCCAGAGAUACCUUGGAAAAAAGCCCUGGUGAUCUACUUCCAAAAAGCCAGCCACUGAAAACCCUGUGGAGCACAGUUCUCUGAUACAUGGGGUUGCCAUAAGUUGAAGUGUACUCCACGCCAAGUGGGUUUUUACCCCCUUUCUAUUGCUUCUGUCCUUAGAAUACAAUUCUUACUUAGCCCUUGAUCUUCAGAGAGAAAGCAGAGAAAUGGCGGGAAAAAACAGGAGGGCUUUGCUAUGUAUGGCUGUCCUAACGAGCACAGAAAACUUGUUGCACAAACCACUCUGGCCAUCUUCACAGAAGACUAACCAUACCUUUUAGAUAAGCCAUUCUAAUAUCCACAGCCAUCUGACUCUGCAGGUUCUACCAAAACCAUGUUUGCAAAGUCAUCCUUAAGGGAAGUCACAGACACAGAGAAAUCAGCUCUCUCUUAAUCUUUACUCAAGUUCUCCAACAUUCUCCAACAUUCAACGGAUGUUACCCUUCAUUUGAAUGUGGGCAAUAUAAUAUUGUGCCAGCUAUAAAAACACUCUCCCUGAUUUAUGACGUGUUCAAGUUAAGACAAAUUGCAAUUACGACCAUCCUUUUUUGUUUUU